AUGGCGCCCGCCGUCAGCUCCCUCAGCCCCGCGGCUCCGGCGUACACCCCGAAGACGGGCGCGCCAUGGAUCCCACCACCGCUCGUGCCUGGUUUUGUGACGUACAUCUGCAUGCCUCCGCCGCCAUUGCCGGAGUUCCUACCGUGGCCGCACCUGGGUGCUCCGCCUCCGCCUCCGCCUCCGCCUCCGCCUUGCUGGAGCCUUCCUCAGGUCGCUUGCGUCCCGGGGAUGCCGACGCAGGCACCGCCUCCUGCCGACGUCGUGCCGCACGGAGCGAUGGCCAUGGCGCCCCCCUCUGGGCAAGCUCCCGGUUCCUGGCCACGACGCCAUCCCAAGGCUCCAAGGAAGCAGCGAGUGGCUGGUCCGGCUCCGGCGGCAACCGCUGUGGCGUCCUGUGGCGUGAAGUCCGCCGCGGACGCGAAGGAGGCGGCGGCGACCAACCAGCCGUCCCCGCGCUCUGUGCUCGCCGUCGCGGUACCGAGCCCGCCCAUCUCGCCGACGACGUCCCUGCCGACGUCGUUCCCGUACCAGCUGGUGCUCCCUACCGCGCCGCCGGCCGACGCAGCUGGCGUGGCCUACACUGCGGCGCCUUCCCACGCCGAGGGCAGCGUGGCCAUCAUCCGUCCACCGCAGAGGCCGAGGCGGCGGCCGCGCGGGCCGCGUCGUGCGCGGCCGGCUUCCAGAGCGCAUGUACGCCACGCCGUCAAGCCUCGCCGUCUCUUUGACCCUAACUCUGAGCGAACCAGUCUCAUGAUCCGAAACAUUCCUAAUGAUUUCACGCGGAUGAGGCUGAUGAACAUCCUCGACGAACAUUGCUUCAUCGAAAACGAGAAAAUCGAGCCGGGUGGGGUGAGGUCGGAAUAUGAUUUCCUCUACCUGCCGAUAGAUUUCAGGACCCUUGCGAACAAGGGCUACGCCUUUGUGAACAUGACUUCGCCGGAGGCGGCCCGCCGGCUCUGGGCGGACCUCGACAGGCACCGGUGGGCGUUCAAGCGCAGCGGCAAGACCUGCGCGGUCGACUACGCUGAUCGACAGGGGCGUGACCCGUUGGUCGAGCAUUUUUCUGGAUCACGCUUCGACUGCCACACCGAGGAGUACCUGCCGGUGCGCUUCGAGCCGCCGCGGGACGGCACCCGGCCGGCGGAGGGCGCGGUGCAUGUCGUCGGUAGGCUCGCCGCCCGCCCCCGCCCGCGCCCCCACGCUGGAGAUGGGAAGUAA